AUGAAGAAAUUAGGUGAAGAAUAUCAUUGUGAUAGUGAUAUUUAUAUAAGAGAACUUUCAGAUUUUGAUAUACAACUUAAAAAUUCAGUUGCUCAAAUAAUCAUAAAUGAUGAUGAAAAAGAGUUAUUGAACAUGAUGAAACAACCAAAUGCUGAUCGCAAUCGUGCACUUCGUAAUUGUAUCUUAUUUGGAGCGGUUAAUUGUUUCAAGUUAUUAAGAACUCAAUUUCAAGUUCAAAUCACAAAAGAAUGUCUUGAUGAUGCAUUUUGUAGGAACAAUCAAUAUAUAAUAGAAGAAUGUUUGAAAGAACAAAAACAUGAUUUAAAUACAAUGAAGUAUGCUGUUAUUUCUCAUAACAUCAAAAAUGUUAUUAAAUUGAUGAAUGAAUACAAUUUAACAAUUCCAGUAGAAACUUGUAUUUUUAAUGCUAAUUUUCAUGCAUAUCUUAUUUAUUUAAAUCGAACUAAUGAUUUCAACACAUGUUUUGUAUAUUCUCCAUAUUUUAAUUUUGAAUUUCUUUGUGAAUAUUUACUUUCAAAUGGCGCUAACAUUAACUCUGUACAAGAAGACGGUUGUUCGGCUCUUCAUAUUGCAGUUAAGUCAAAUCUAACAAAUAUUGCAAAAUUAUUGAUUUCGAAAGGAAUUGAUGUUAAUAUAAAAAGCGAACAUUUUGGAACUGCACUUAAUUUUGCCAUAUAUUUAAAUAAUACUGGAAUGGUAGAGUUACUUAUCUCAAAUGGAGCUAAAAUCGAUAUCAAAUCUGAUUUUUUCAAUUUAAUAUCAAUUCAUGUUGGAUUCAUGACUAAUAAUUACCAAGUUGUACAUUUUAUUGAAAAAAGUAGUAAGCAAAUAACAGGCAAAAGGAAUCAAAUUGGUCUCACAGCUCUAUUUCAUACAUCAUUAUUAAAUAAUAAAGAAAUGACUCAACUUCUUAUUUCACAUGGUGCAAACAUUAACAUAACAAAUAAAUAUGGAAAUAAUGCAAUUUCUUAUGCAUUAUUACGUGAUUACAAAAAAUUCAUGGAAUUAUAUCUUAAUAUAAUCGUAUCAUCUUUCGAUUUGUCUGAACAAUAUCAAAAUUCUUUAAUCAUGGAAAGCAAAAGCAAUGAUAUAAUUGAACUUUUGAUUUCAAAUGGUAUAAAUAUUAAUGCGAAAAAUAUUCAUGGAAAUACACCUCUGCAUAUAGCAGCAUUAUUGUCUAACACAGAAUAUGCAGAAAUAUUAAUUUUACAUGGUGCCGAAAUCAAUUCAUUGAAUAAAUAUGGUCAAACUCCUCUUGAUAUUGCUGUCAUACGUUCGAAGUUAGAACAUAGAGAUUUUAUCAAACUCCACGAGGGUGAAAAGAAUUUUAUUCAAGAAAAUGGCAAAGAUUUCUUUGAAUCUUUAAAUGAGGAAAGCGAAAUGGAAUCUCUCUUAAUUGCACAUGGUGGAAAAACUGCCAAUAUGGGUAAUCUCCAAAGAAAGGGUAAUUUUGAUAUAAUAUUUGAUUAUUUCUUCCAGAAUCCUAUUUUUGGAAACAAGGGAAUCACAAUUGAUCCAAAAUGGAUAAUUUUCCUGAUAAUCUUGAAAAUAAUCAAACGAAAAAUAAAUAAUGGAUAUGGUAAUAGGAUUAUCCAAAUAUUACUAUGGGUAGUUUAUGGAGGCCUUUUUGAGAAUCUAAUCUCAGUUAUUAGGGAUAUCUGGAAUAUGAUAAACUAUUAUUUACUCCAAUGA